AAGCGCUUCGUGCGGAAGGGCGUCCCACUGGAGCACCGCGCCCGCGUGUGGAUGGCGCUGAGCGGGGCCCAGACCCAGAUGGACCGGAACCCUGGCUACUACCACCAGCUGCUGCAGGGCGAGCGGAGUCCCGGCCUAGAGGACGCCAUCCGGACAGACCUGAACCGGACCUUCCCGGACAACGUGAAAUUCCGGAGGACGGCAGAGCCCUGUCUGCAGAAGACGCUGUACAACGUGCUGCUGGCCUACGGGCGCCACAACCAGGGCGUGGGCUACUGCCAGGGGAUGAAUUUUAUAGCAGGAUAUCUGAUUCUGAUAACAAAGAACGAAGAAGAAUCUUUUUGGCUCUUAGAUGCUCUUGUUGGACGGAUACUGCCUGACUACUACAGCCCGGCCAUGCUGGGCCUGAAGACCGACCAGGAGGUGCUGGGCGAGCUGGUGCGGGCGAAGCUGCCGGCCGUGGGGGCGCUGGUGGAGCGGCUGGGCGCGCUGUGGACGCUGCUGGUGUCGCGCUGGUUCAUCUGCCUGUUUGUGGACGUGCUGCCCGUGGAGACCGUGCUCCGCAUCUGGGACUGUCUGUUCAACGAGGGCUCCAAGAUCAUCUUCCGGGUGGCCCUGACCCUCAUCAAGCAGCACCAGGCGCUGAUCCUGGAGGCCACCAGCAUCCCCGACAUCUGCGAGAAGUUCAAGCAGAUCACCCAGGGCAGCUUCGCCACCGAGUGUCACGUGUUCAUGCAGAAAAUAUUUUCAGAACCUGGAAGCUUGUCCACAACCACAGUCACCAAGCUCCGUGAGAGCUGCCGGGCCCGGCUGCUGGCACAGGGGUGACCGUCUUCUCCCC